AUGAAGGUCGAUCCAGCAUUUGUCAAACUUCUUGGCUUGAGCUCUGAUAAGACUACGGUUUCGUCUGUUGGGGGCAGCAGCUUUGCGUCCACAUCCAAGAUAGUAUCCCGGCUCGACGAUGGAUCAGAAAAGGCAUAUUUCAUGAAGACGGGAAGUGGAAAGGCGGCUGAAGUUAUGUUUGCAGGUGAAGACGCGUCUCUAAAGGCCAUCCACAAAGUGGUUCCUACGCUUUGUCCGCAGUCUUUCGGUUACGGACAGUUCGAAGCGCAACCUUCCAAAUGGUUUCUAGUGACUGAGUUCCUCCAUCUCAACUCUUCUUCGGCAUCCCGAUCGUCCAAGACGACAUCACUAGCAGCUAAGCUUGCGCAAUUGCACACGACACCCGCCCCUAUACCAGAUGGACACGACAUGCCCAUGUUUGGUUUUCCUGUCACAACAUGCUGUGGUGAGACUCCACAGGAAAACAGCUACAAAGAUAGCUGGGCAGAUUUCUAUGCCGAAAAUCGCCUCAUGUUCAUUAUCCGACAUGCAGAGCAGCGCGGCAGAAAAGACAAUGACCUGCGAAAGCUUGUCGAGCAGACUGCAGCCAGAGUCGUCCCUCGUUUGAUUGGCGACGACCACCUGAACAAUGGCCAGCGAGUAACGCCCGUGGUUGUUCACGGGGAUCUGUGGAGCGGAAACGCGAGCGUGGGCAUGAUUGGUAGCGAUAAAGGAGAGGUGGAAGACGUGAUCUAUGAUUCAUCGGCCUGCUAUGCUCACAGUGAGUUCGAGCUUGGCAUCAUGAGAAUGUUUGGCGGCUUUGGCGGCAGCUUCAUGAAGGAAUACCAUCAGUUAUGUCCUAAAACGGAGCCAGUAAGCGAGUAUGAAGAUCGUCUGCAACUGUAUGAGCUGUAUCAUCACCUCAACCACUAUGCGAUGUUUGGGGCAAGUUACCGCAGUGGGGCAGUAGGAAUCAUGAAAAGUCUUAUUGCGAAGUAUGGUGGCGAUGAUGAGUAG